GCGGCUGUUGAUCUGACAAAGGAAGCGAACGAGACAUCGGGAUCCUCUUGUCGGUAGAGAUGGAAUAUGGCAAGAUGCAGGCGCAACCCGCAGACAUCGCCACGAGGCGGAGAGUACAUGAAAAAACAUACUGCCACCGGAUCCCUGACCUGAACCAGGACCAGCCAGAGAUAAAACGAUGCAGAGGGAGCCGGGGAAAUGCUGAACGCUCCGAGAAUAUGGAGAGGAGAACAGCAGCAAGCCACAAGAGGGCGCCAGCGCGCCACCAACAGCCCAAUGUCUCUGCAGAAAAGCCAGAGAGAAGUGAUUGGGGGAGAGACGUGAGUCUCAGGGGUCCCAGAGCCCAGAUUAAAGUAGCAGCAGUGGUCAAAACCUCUGUGCAGAACAACAUGCAAACUGCCAUCAGGAAGAAGAGAAAAGUUCACCCAUCUGUGUUUAAGGGGAAAGGUCAGCUGAAGCUGAUCGUAACACCAGUCCAAGGAAAGCUGUAUGUUCAAAUUCUAGAAGCCAGGGGUCUUCUGGCAAAGGAAUACAGGCCAUGUGACUCAUACAUCAAGAUAGCCCUGGUUCCUGAUGUUGACCACAGCAAAAGGCAGAAGACUCAGACUGUCAUUGACUGCAAGAGUCCUGUCUUCAAUGAGACCUUUGUGAUAACUGUGGGGGAGGAUGAGCAGCAGAAGAGGUUGCUGGUGACCACUUGGAAUCGCAAUCGGACUUCUAGACGGACUGACUUCCUGGGCUGCAUGAGUUUUGGAGUUCAUUCCCUCUUUACUUCAGCAAAGGAGAUCAGGGGCUGGUAUUAUCUCCUGGGUGAGGAGUUGGGUAGGAGCAAACAUCUGCGAGUGGCCUCCCGACGCAUCAAGCGAUCUGCUGAAGCUGCCAUGUCUAACCAUGCUGCUGGACCUGAUACUGCAACAGGAGAGAACAUGCAGUCCGCAACUGUUACCAUUCUGAGGGGGAAGGAUGGUUUUGGCUUCACCAUUUGUUCAGACUCGCCGGUGCGAGUGCAGGCAGUGGACCCAGGUGGCCCGGCUCACCAGGCAGGCCUGCAGCAGCUGGACACGGUGCUUCAGCUGAAUGGCCAACCCGUGGAGCACUGGAAGUGCGUGGACCUGGCCCAUGCCAUCAGAAACUGCCGUAAUGAGAUCACCGUGGUGGUGUGGAGGACCGUGCCGGUCAUGAAGCCCUACUACGAAGGCCUCAUCCACAGGCCAUCGUACAAACCGGCAGGCUUCCAGACACUUUCUCCCGUCGCCAAGACCCAAAACAAGACCCCACCCCUGCUCUCCCGGCCCACCAACCAGAAGCAGGGACGCCGCAAGAAAGCAGGAAGUUCAGAGAGCGCGGGAAGUAGAUUAGCGGAUGCAGCAUGGUCAUGGACAGGGAAACGGGAAGAGAAUGACUACAAAACACGCACACCGACCCUCAAAGGUACCCGGGUGACAUCAUCGAGCGGGGACAAUUACAUCAUCCUGUCUCCUGUCAGUCCAGCAAACCAGAUAUUACAAACUGUUUAUCCAGGCAGCAAUGGGACAUUGGGAACUCUUGGGAGAAUCUAUCAGACGCACCCAUCUGGAGGGCUCCAGCAAAGCCCGGGCUACCUGCCGGACGCGGGUCUGGAGGCUCGGGCCACCCUGCGCAGGUCGGUGAGCAGCACGACAACCUCCUUGCCACCCAGCGCCUACAGACAGAGCUUUGCCAACUACCAGAACUGCACCAUCGUCCAGUCGCACCUCCCACACUCCAACUAUGGCACCUACGUCACCCUGGCCCCCAAGAUCCUCAUCUUCCCUGUGUUUGUGCAGCCGCUGGACUUGUGCAGCCCGGAGAGAACUCUGCUGUUGUCAGAGGAGAUGAUCCUUCACGACAGUACACACAUGUCACUUAAGGCAACAGUGUUCAUCUACACUGACCUGAUUCUGUUGACCAGAGAAGACGACCAGGGCCGAUGUAAUGUGCUCCAGAGUCCUUUAUACCUCCACCAGAUCCAGCUGCAGGAUGUUCCUGCAGACAAGCUGCGACUGUAUGUCUCCUACAGAGUAGAGAGGACUGAGUGCCUGUUUAGUUUGGAGGCCUUUUCAACUGAGCAGAAGAGGAGGGUAUACCAGUGUUUGAGAGAUAAUAUUAACAAACAGCUUGCCCUGAGGGAGAGAAUGUGUCCUGACCAGAUGUUGGAGCCAAAGACUGGGAAUGAGACUGAACUCGGGCUGCUUGGUUUCGGAGCGCACAGUGUUUCCGAGCCCUGCUCUCCCUCCUGUCCCUCGGGCUCCCCGCUGACGGGCCGGAGCAGGACCAGAACAUUCGGUCCAGCCGAGCACCUCUCCUACCCAGAUUCGCACCUCUUGGCUGGGGACGCUGAGCAGACCCCUCCUUCUGCAGGUGACGCCCCCAAAGGCGCGGAGAUGCCUGCCAUCUGGAAGGAGCGGGGGAAGGAGCCAAGGAGAAGCGAGCAGGAGGCCGAGCUCGAGAAGCGGGAGCAGGGCGAGGGCGAGAGCGCCUCGGAGACUGUCAGCACGGGCGCCAGGCCUGCGCCUUCUUCAUCCUCCUCCUCCUCGCCGCUCAUCGUUCCCAGACUAUGUCUGGAUCGCUCCUUCAAGCUGGACGCUCUGACCUCGCCGUCCACCGACGACGAUGACGACGACGAUGAGGAGGAAGAAGAGGAGGAGGACAGCGAUGAAGGCUGCCCGAAGCGGAGGAGCCUGGUGGAAGCGUCGCCCAGCCGUGGGCAAGCUAAUGGAGGGCUGCGGGUGCAGGUCUCCCUGCAGCGGAGACGCACGCACAGCGAGGGCAGCCUGCUCCAGGAGCCUCGCUCGCCUCGCUUCAUCUCGGACCAGGCCAUCCACUGCCUGGAGGACGGCGCCGGAGAAACGCAGGACCGCUGGACUGUUCCAUCUCCCCAGACCCUGAGAAAGGAGCUCACCAAGAAUGGAGGAUCCGUCCACCACAUCUGCCUGCUUUUCACGGGCAGAAGGGUCUGCGGUGAGCCAAACUGUAAAUGUCAGAUGGGGAAGAGCAUCAUGAAGAAGAAGACAUCAAAGAACCUGGCCAAAGACAUGAAAAAUCGACUGACCUUCCUCAGGAAGAAGAGCAACGACAGACAUGGAGGCAAUCCAGCCAGCAAACUCGAGAAGGCCCUCAAAUCGGACAAGCCCAUGCCAGAGGAAGCUCUCAAGUGGGGUGAAUCAUUCGAUCUGCUGCUCUCUCACAAAUAUGGGCAGACAGUGUUCCGCGCCUUCCUGCAGACAGAGUUUAGCGAGGAGAAUCUGGAUUUCUGGCUGGCUUGUGAGGACUACAGGAGGAUCAAGUCUCCCUCCAAGAUGGCUUCCAGAGCCAAAAAAAUAUAUGCAGAAUACAUUUCUAUUAAGUCGUGCAAAGAGGUUAAUCUGGACUCUUACACCCGGGAGCAGACCAAGGAAAACAUGGAGAACAUUAACGCCGAAUGCUUCGACUUGGCACAGAGUAGGAUCUACGGACUCAUGGAGAAGGACCCCUAUCCUCGCUUCCUCCGCUCAGAUAUCUACCUGGACUUGACCCACCAAAAGAGACCCAGCUCUGCCAUAGAGCUCUCCUAAUCCUGCCAUCUAUGACUCCAGAGAGUCACCACAAAGACCAAGCAGGUUUAUGUAUUAUAUGGAUGGUGUAAGACAAUAGUCAGUGUCAGUUUGGUUAACAUGCCGAUGUACAGCACUGUAUGUAUCGGUCCUCUUUGGCUGCAGUGCUAAUUUGGAGGGAAAUGUCUGCUCUAAAUCAGUGGGUUUGCGUUGACCUCAUGCUGCCCCCUGUUGGAUGACGCUGGUAAAAGAGCGAACACGGGUUCCCGGCCUGAGAUGUUGGCCUCGCAGGUGGUGUGCAGACGGACAAAAGCAUUUUGGAUGAAGAUACCGAGGGAAGCUUGGUACUGUUUUGUUUCACUUUGCUUUCAUCAGCUAUUGCUGCAGUGCUUUCUUUCCCUGAGAACAAGGUACAUGAGAGUUUAUCGAGCAGGCAACCUGCCUUUACUUCAUUCCAGUCGUUUCACCCAUGCAUGCCAGUUUACAUGCAGCCCCUGAGAAGAAUGCUGCCUGCUUUUUAUCAGUACCUGUCUCAGUUUUUAAGCUACAACUCUGUUUUUCACGAGAGCUGGCUCCAUAAAGAUGUGUUUAAGAUAGAUUUAUGGUUUGAUGUUUUAUGCUGACAUGAAGCACCACUGGUCAGAGAACCACAGGUUCAGUACCCCGAAGCACUCAAAAGUGCUCUUGGCUUUUCUCACUGUAAAUAAACUGAUAAAAAUGUCAGGUCUUCACAAGUAUAUGUAAGGAUAAGUGCUUCUUGUUAGAUUUCACACUAAUGGAGUCUUAAAGGAAGCCACAGCCCCAAAACCUUUAAUAUGAAUUAGUUUGUACAAAUUCCUAAAGAUGUGCCUAUUUCAUUUAAAAGUGCAAUACACAAGACCCCAAACCACCUCAUGACCUGCUCAUGACCUCACAAAGUGAAUUUCCAGAACUCAGUGUCCAUCUUUAUCAAUUCUCUGAAGAGGUUUGUGUCUUAAUGAAUGGGCAGGAAGUGGAAUAUCAUGGUAACAAAGGUUGUCAUUCUCCAAAAUAUAGACUAGUCAUUUUUGUUGCUGAGAAUGUGGAUAUAUAUGAAGUAUUCUGUUCGUAGGGAAUCUGCUAUUAUUUAAGCAUACAUCUGAGAUGUUAAACAAAAAUGAAACAUCAUUGUAAUUGUAAUUGUUUUCUAAUUUCUGCUGAGUAACUGAGCUUACCAGACCAUUUUUGUGCAUAAACAUCAAAAAUGAGGAAUUCCAUGUUCAUUUGGGGAACAUUGCUUUGGCCAGUGCUUCAGGCUCCUGAGAACCGAGUUGCAUAACAUUUGCUGUCUUUUCUUUAAAUCCUAUGUAAGUAUCUCCUUCAUGUAAUUAUUAUUGCUGUAUUUAUUUGUGGGCUUAUUAUGCACUUCUGGCUUUGGGUAUACCCAUAUUCAGACAGAAUAAAGCUACAUUAAAUAAUAACUCCAUUUUACACUAA